AUGAUUGGAGGUGAAUAUAGCAACCCCAAGCCACUCGAACCCACCCAAAACUACCCCAAGCCGCCCAAAACUACCCACAGCAACCCCAAGCCGCCCAAAACUACCCACAGCAACCCCAAGCCACCCAAAACUACCCACAGCAACCCCAAGCCACCCAAAACUACCCACAGCAACCCCAAGCCACCCAAAACUACCCACAGCAACCCCAAGCCGCCCAAAACUACCCACAGCAACCCCAAGCCGCCCAAAACUACCCACAGCAACCCCAAGCCACCCAAAACUACCCACAGCAACCCCAAGCCGCCCAAAACUACCCACAGCAACCCCAAGCCACUCAAAACUACCCACAGCAACCCCAAGCCGCCCAAAACUACCCACAGCAACCCCAAGCCGCCCAAAACUACCCACAGCAACCUCAAGCCGCCCAAAGCUACCCACAGCAACCCCAAGCCGCCCAAAACUACCCACAACAACCCCAAGCCACCCAAAACUACCCACAACAACCCCAAGCCACCCAAAACUACCCACAGCAACCCCAAGCCACCCAAAACUACCCACAGCAACCCCAAGCCACCCAAAACUACCCACAACAACCCCAAGCCACCCAAAACUACCCACAACAACCCCAAGCCACCCAAAACUACCCACAACAACCCCAAGCCAUCCCAAAACCUUCAAGAAUUACGCAAGAAGAGAAAUAACAUAUUCACUCACUAUAUAAUGUUGGUGUUGUAUAAAG